UGGUCUGAUCUCUCCGCGGUGAGGCGGUCCCAUUCAGGAGGAUUCUUUGGUGGAAAAAAAGACAUCUGACUCUGAACUAAGUUUACUGUAUUCUGUCUCCUAUCUGCGGGGACAUGAACGUUUCAUCGAUGACUAUGGCUUCUUCAGAAGUUGCUCGGCAACCGGACAAGGGUGUCCGACCUCUCUCCCUGGCAGGGCAUGUGGGCUUUGACAGCCUCCCAGACCAGUUGGUCAACAAGUCUACAGAUCAGGGGUUCUGCUUCAACAUCCUUUGCAUUGGUGAAACUGGUAUCGGCAAGUCCACCCUAAUGGACACCCUUUUCAACACCAACUUCGAAAACUUUGAGUCCUCCCACUUUGAGCCUCAGGUGAAGCUGCGGGCUCAAACCUACGACCUGCAAGAAAGUAACGUGCGACUACGCCUCACCGUGGUCAACACGGUGGGAUUUGGGGAUCAAAUGAACAAACAGGAAAGUUAUCAGCCAGUUGUGGACUACAUUGACAAGCAGUUUGAGAGUUAUCUUCAGGAGGAGCUCAAAAUUAAGCGCUCCCUUUUUAACUACCACGACUCGCGGGUCCACGCCUGUCUGUAUUUUAUUUCCCCCUCGGGCCACUCUCUGAAGUCGCUGGACUUGGUCACAAUGAAGAAACUGGACAGUAAGGUCAACAUCAUCCCCGUCAUCGCCAAAGCAGACACGAUCAGUAAGAGCGAGCUGCACAAGUUUAAGAUCAAGAUCAUGAGUGAACUUGUGAGCAACGGCGUCCAGAUCUAUCAGUUCCCAUUGGACGACGAGACCGUCGCCAAGGUCAACACGGCCAUGAAUGGGCAUCUACCUUUUGCUGUGGUGGGCAGCACGGAAGAAGUGGCUGUGGGCAACAAGAUGGUGAAGGCUCGCCAGUACCCCUGGGGGGUUGUCCAAGUGGAGAACGAAAGCCACUGCGACUUUGUGAAGCUGCGGGAGAUGCUGAUCUGCGUCAACAUGGAAGAUCUAAGGGAGCAGACACACACUCGCCACUACGAGCUCUACAGACGCUGCAAGCUGGAGGAGAUGGGCUUCAAGGAUACGGACCCAGAGUGCAAGCCUGUCAGUCUGCAGCAAACCUACGAAGCCAAGCGUCAAGAGUUCCUGGUGGAGCUACAGAGAAGAGAAGACGAAAUGAGGCAGAUGUUCGUGCAGCGGGUCAAAGAGAAAGAGGCUGAACUUAAGGAUGCAGAGCGAGAGUUGCAGAGCCGCUUCGAGCAGCUGAAGCGACUCCACGCCGAGGAGAAGUCUGCUCUGGAGGAUAAGAGGCGACUCCUGGAGGAAGACCAGAGCUCCUUCGGCAAGAGACGCGCUGCCGCUCAACUGCUGCAGGGCCAAAGCCUCACCGCUAACGGCAAGAAGGACAAAGACCGCAAGAAUUCCGGCUUCAUGUGAAGAUUUCCAGAAUUAAUCUCCAGUCUGACCAGCAACAUCAUUCCCAAAAACAUUUGCGGCCAGUCUCAAAAACUAACCUAAAGUGCUCCUCCCUGCCAUCUUCUUUAUCAUCAACAUCAUCAUCAUCAUCACCAGCAGCAGCACAUUGGUGUGUUUUAUGUGCCAAAGUUAAAAUAUUAGGUUUUAUGUGUACACUUAGCUUUUAAAUUUGCGUUGGUUUUAUUUUUUCUUAUCUGUUUGUAUUCUUGUAUAAUAUUCUCCAUGAUACCUCUUGUUGUUUGUAAUCUUCCUGUGGUUUUAGAGGCUCCUGGUUAAUAUUGGACCUACAAUAGUUUUUAUGGUACAUGUGUGUCUUUGAUAUUGUAAUCUAGUCACAGGGAGAGUGGCGUCUGUACAACAAAGCAGCAUUUGUAUUAUUUUAAAUAGACAAUUUUUGGUCAUUAAGUGUCAUUUAUCCGGAAAAUACAGUCGUCUGCGUCAUUCUUUGAACUCAUCUGAUUUAAAUAACUUUCAAAACCCACUCAAUGUUGUUGCAGAAAGCACGCAAAGUUGUUUACUCCACUAUGGAUUGUUUUUUUUCUAGCAUAGUUACAUACACUAGACUAGACAGUAUGUGUUUUUAUUGCUCUCAUUUCUGCUGACGUGCUUGUAAAAGUGUGCACAGCAGUGCUGACAAAAAAAAGUGGGGGGGAACAGUACUGUACUUUGAUGCACUCGCGUCUCGGACGAAACUCGGAGACUUACACCUCGUAGCAUUUGACAACAACCCAGUGGUGCUGCUUUCUUCUCAUGACACUUUACACAUAAAUUUGUGUUCCACGAUCUGUUACCAUGUGCCUUAUUGUAGUUUAAAAAAAAAAAAAAGUGCUUGUACACGCAGUGAAACACGCCAGAUGGAGGGAAACUUUUAUAUUUGUACUGCACUCGUAUUUAUGAAAUAAACAGUGUUACUCAGGA